AUGGCAGAUGAGCACCCAACACGGUCCCAAGGGAAGGCAUCUCUUCUAACAGUUAAGUGGCAGGUUGAUGAUGCAGAGUGCAAGUGGCAGCCUUUUUCCUGCCCCACACUGAAGUCCUACCUAUCCUGGGACGCUCUGGAAGGAAGCCCAUCAAUGGGCGGUGCGGCUGCGCGUACUCCCCAGCAAUCCUCCAAGAGGCCACACCCAACACAAGGCCCCCAUUGUGUCUUGGGGAACCGUAGCGCCACAGUAUUACGCUGGCUGCCCCUCUUAAAGAAGAGCCAGCGGCUCUCAGCGACCCCAGCCAGGACUGGGCGGGGCGGCCUCACGCAGGGCAGGUGGCCGGAACACCGGGGCGCGCGCGCUCUAGGGCCGCGCUGGCGCCCCGGGCCCGCACGCCGGACUCGCGCGGGCGCCGCCGCACCUGGAGGCGGAGCCAAGCCCUGUGGCCCGCCCGCUCCCGGGCGCGAAGCCCCCUCCCCGCGCCCCUCCCGCCGCUCUGCAGACGCGCGCAGGUGCGUGAGGCCGCGCUGCCCAGGACCUUGCAGACGUGGGCCCACCAUGGAGCACAUCCGCACGCCCAAGGUCGAAAAUGUCCGCUUGGUAGAUCGAAUAUCUUCUAAAAAAGCAGCCCUGGGAACUUUGUAUUUGACAGCUACUCACGUCAUAUUUGUGGAAAAUGCACCUGACACAAGAAAAGAAACAUGGAUUCUUCACAGUCAGAUUUCCACCAUUGAAAAACAGGCCACAACCGCUACUGGAUGCUCUCUGCUUAUUCGCUGCAAGAACUUCCAGGUGUUACAACUCAUCAUCCCACAGGAGCGAGACUGCCACGAUGUGUACAUCUCUCUGAUACGCCUUGCAAGGCCAGUGAAAUAUGAGGAGUUAUACUGCUUUUCAUUCAACCCCAAGCUGGACAAAGAAGAAAGAGAACAGGGCUGGAUGCUGAUCGAUCUCGGUGAAGAGUACAAGCGAAUGGGCCUCCCUAGUAAUGAUUGGCAGCUCAGCGAUGUGAACAGAGACUACAGAGUUUGUGAUUCUUACCCUACUGAACUGUAUGUUCCCAAAUCGGCCACGGCACACAUCAUUGUGGGGAGUUCCAAAUUCCGGAGCAGACGGCGAUUUCCUGCCCUUUCUUACUACUAUAAAGAUAACCACGCCUCCAUCUGCCGGAGCAGCCAGCCCCUGUCCGGCUUCAGUGCCCGGUGCCUUGAGGACGAGCAGAUGCUCCAGGCCAUCAGGAAAGCCAAUCCCGGGAGCGACUUCAUUUACGUCGUGGACACGCGGCCCAAACUUAAUGCAAUGGCAAAUCGUGCUGCAGGGAAAGGCUAUGAGAACGAAGACAACUACUCCAAUAUCAAGUUUCAGUUUAUCGGGAUAGAGAACAUCCAUGUCAUGAGGAGCAGUCUGCAGAAAAUGCUGGAAGUGUGUGAACUGAAAUCUCCAUCCAUGAGUGACUUUCUGUGGGGACUGGAGAACUCGGGCUGGUUAAGGCACAUUAAGGCCAUCAUGGAUGCAGGGAUCUUCAUUGCAAAGGCAGUUUCAGAGGAAGGGGCCAGCGUGCUUGUUCACUGUUCCGAUGGCUGGGACAGGACUGCCCAAGUGUGCUCAGUGGCCAGCCUCCUGCUGGAUCCGCAUUACCGGACUCUGAAGGGCUUUAUGGUAUUAAUUGAAAAGGACUGGAUUUCCUUUGGUCAUAAGUUUAAUCACAGAUAUGGCAACCUAGAUGGUGACCCAAAAGAAAUCUCUCCAGUUAUUGAUCAGUUCAUUGAGUGUGUCUGGCAGUUAAUGGAACAAUUUCCCUGUGCCUUUGAGUUCAAUGAAAGAUUUUUGAUUCACAUUCAACAUCACAUUUAUUCCUGCCAGUUUGGAAACUUCUUAUGUAAUAGUCAAAAGGAGCGACAAGAACUCAAAAUUCAAGAAAGAACCUACUCUCUGUGGGCUCACCUGUGGAAGAAUCGCGCCGACUACAUGAAUCCUCUAUUUAGAGCUGAUCAGAGUCAGACCCGCGGAACCCUUCGUCUCCCCACAACACCAUGCAACUUCAUGUACAAGUUCUGGAAUGGGAUGUACAACCGCUUUGAAAAGGGACUGCAGCCCCGACAGUCCAUUACGGAUUACCUUAUGGCAGUGAAGGAGGAGACCCAGCAGCUGGAGGAAGAACUAGAGGCCCUAGAAGAAAGGCUGGAAAAAAUUCAGAAAGUCCAGUUAAAUCACAAUAAAGUGAAGAGUAAACAGACUGAACCCAGCAAACACUCAGGGUUUUCUACCUCAGACAACAGCACAGCCAACACUCCCCAGGAUUACAGUGGAAAUAUGAAAUCUUUUCCAUCCAGGAGUCCUUCACAAGGUGAUGAAGAUUCUGCUCUCAUUCUAACCCAAGACAAUUUGAAAAGCUCAGAUCCAGAUCUGUCAGCCAACAGUGAUCAGGAGUCUGGGGUAGAGGAUCUGAGCUGCCGGUCUCCAAGUGGUGGGGAGUGUGCACCAAGUGAAGACAGUGGAAAGGACCGUGAUUCUGACGAAGCUGUGUUUCUCACUGCCUGAAGUUUCCCUGUGAAGAUCCAAAAUAAAGGACACACAAGAAACACUUUCCAAAAAUAAGGGAGCAGUGCAAUUUAAAAUAAAAAAUAAUUCAAGAAAUGGUACAUGUCAUUGAGAACUAUAAAAUGUAGCAACAAAAAGGGAAAAGAGUCCAGCUCUUAGUUUCUUUAGAUGUUGAAGAACAAGAUGUAGCCAUUUCUUUUAUCAAACACAUAUAAAGGAAAAAUUCCCCAUUUAAAAAAUUGUUCUAGACUCAGAAAGUUCUGUUCACUACAUAGUGCUGACCUCUUCCAUCACCUGAGUCAUCAGUAAAAUUCCUUGUCACAGCAUGCAUCUGCUCAAAGUGCCCGGAGUUCCUUCUACCCUCACACCUGUUAUCCUUAGUUUUUCCCCAUAUUUCACUUCCAGAUAUAUAUUUUGUUUUCUAAAACAUCUGACAUUGCCUUCCACCCCGUCUCUGUUAUCAGUAUUUCAAGUAACAGAGCACACUGUGGAAACGUACCCCUUUUGAUUGGCAGAUGUGUCUCUGUAACUGAGAAGUUUUGUAAUUGCUUGAGCUUAUCUUUCAGGUUUAAUGAUCACUUUAACUUUUCCUUAAAUAAUAUAUUUUGAAUUGUUAUUAUAAUCUUGUUUUCCUUUUUUCUGGAAUCUCAUCAUUUAAAAAAUGCUGAAACUUAUAAUUCACUUCUUUAACACGAGUCUAAUACCUAAUAAAAUAGAAGCAACAUUUACUCUUUGGUUUUUAAAAUAUGAGUUCAGACCAUAUUAAAUAUAACAUUUGAAAUUAUAAAUGUUAUAAAAUAUAGCAUUUUAAAAUAACCUUUUAUUACUACUUAGAGACCACAUUAACAAGAGAGUGUGGGCCAACCACCAGCCUGAUUCUUUUAGUAGAACCAAGUUAGCAAUGU